UAAGAGUUUUGGGUUUGUUUCCUACUUUUUUGAUAUUUGGGAUAAAACUUCUGAACUAACUUCUUUAGUUUCUUCUAUUAUUGUAUACUUUCUUUGGGCUUGUAUUACUGUCAAAUUACUACUUACUAAAAUUAAGUAAUGGUCAGUGGUGAUUGGAAGUGGGUGUUAAUUUAUUUGCUCUGUUUGUCAGAAUGGGGUGAUGUCGGGUCUGAUGCAGAUUCUGCUGCUCAAAGUUUCAGCUCACAUCACCGAGCAACUGGGCAUGGCGCCUGGAGGAGAGUUUAGGGAGGCCUUCAAAGAGGCUGGCCGGGUACCUUUUUGUAAAUUUCAUCUCGGGGAUCGGCCAAUUCCUGUGACGUUUAAGAGAGCCAUCGCUGCUCUCAGUCUCUGGCAGAAGGCCCGUCUGGCCUGGGGUCUUUGCUUUCUGUCAGACCCAAUCAGGUAUAAAUUCAUCUUGAUCGCUUUCUGUCACACAGCGAUUCAAUCGGCCCUUCGGGGGACGGAAUGCCGUGUCUACCUCCAGAUCUUU